AAAACUUCAUGACCUUCGAUCACAUGAUUUCUGUGAAGUUCAUGCAGUCGACACGUAGGCGCAAAUCGGAAUAUUUUUUAUAAUGCAACACACUUUGAAAGGUAUGUGAACAACGAUGGUCACCGAUUUGACAAAAGUGUUCCGCUCGAACGCACAUAUUGACUUGCCCCUCCCCCAAACCCCGGUCUGGUCUCGAAUCUGCUUCUCGACUUGUUUCCGGAAUUAUCGUGAUGUUGCGCCUCUUGGUUUGAAAACUGUGCUACUGCGCUUGAGAAACACACACAACAUUUUUUUAUUAGGCCUACACCAUUAUGCAAUUAUAAAAGUACUGUGAACUGAUUAAGAUGUAAUUUCGCCAAAACCUUGGCAGGCUGAACGGAAUUGGGUGGGUGGGUGUCUUUUAAAUUGUUGUGAAAUUGUCAUGUAUGCUGUAUUUCGCAAUAUUCCGUGGAUUGGAUGGUUACCGGAAUAAAUGGAAUUUGAACAAUGAGUUACGCGAUAAAAAAGUGACCCUUCUCCACGAGCAGAAGGACUAAAAAUGCUUUCAGUUUUUCACAUAUCUACAUUGUCGAAAGGAUUCAACUAGGACAGGUGCCUUCUCCAGCCCACCCUGUGCUACUGCCUAGGGCGAGGAGACAUUUGUGACAAUCGCUUUCACGAUAUGUGAGGCAAAGGUCCGAAGGAGGAAUCGGUCAAACUGUUGCUGAACACAAGCUCGUGUGACUAUGGAGACUCAGAGGAACGGAUUCAAAAGAGAAAGUUACAUUCUCUCUGUGGACGUGGGGACAACAUCGAUCAGAUGUCACGUUUACGACAAGGAAGCCCAGAUUCGAGGAUCAUGCGUCACCAAGGUGAAUCUCUUGUAUCCUGAACCGGGCUUGGUCGAGUUGGACCCCGAAGAGCUGUGGAGAGGAUUCGUUAAGGUAGUGAAUGGUGCUGUGCAAGACUCAGGUUUACAGAUGCGUCAGAUGGAGACCCUGGGCAUCUCCACUCAGAGAGGCACCUUCACCACGUGGGACAGGAAAACAGGAGUUCCCUUUCACAACUUCAUCAGCUGGCAGGACUUGAGGGCAGUGGAGCUGGUGAGGUCCUGGAACAACUCCUGCACCAUGAAGGCGAUCCACGGCGUUAUGAUGGUGCUGCACUUCCUGUCCAAAAAUAAGCGCUUCCAGGCAGCCAGCCUCAUAGUCUUCUCCACCCAACACGUCACCUUCCGCCUGGCCUGGGCCCUUCGACACUGUAAACAGUUAAGUCAAGCAGUAGCAGAGGGCAACUGCUGCUUUGGGACAAUAGACACCUGGUUGCUUUAUAAGCUCACAAAAGGAUUGGUCCAUGCCACAGACUACUCUAAUGCCAGUGCCACUGGGAUGUUUGAUUCGUACCAGUUGUGCUGGAGUGAAUUCCUCUGCUCUCUCGUCUCGCUGCCUCUCUCCAUCCUCCCCAAAGUACUGAACACUGGUCACCGCUUUGGCUUGACAGAUCCCUCCAUCUUUGGGGUGUCGAUCCCUAUAAUGUCUGUUAUGGCAGACCAGCAGGCGGCCAUGUUUGGUGAGUGCUGCUUCGACAUCGGUGAUGUGAAGAUCACCAUGGGAACGGGCACCUUCAUGAACAUCAACACUGGGAGCAAGCCACACACGUCUGUGGCCGGUCUCUACCCUGUUGUGGGGUGGAAGAUCGGCCCAGAGGUGGUGUAUCUAGCAGAGGGCAAUGCAGCAGACACUGGCACAGCCAUUAAGUGGGCACAGGAGCUGGAGCUGUUCUCAGAUGUACGGGAGACAGAUGCCAUGGCCAGCAGUGUGGACAACUCGGACGGCGUGUGCUUCGUUCCCUCGUUUAGUGGCCUGCAGGCUCCUUUAAACGAUCCCAAAGCAUGCGCCUCUUUCAUGGGCCUAAAACCAUCCACAACCAAGAGUCACCUGGUCCGAGCCAUUCUGGAGUCUGUUGCAUUUAGGAACAAGCAGCUCUAUGAGACGAUGCUUAGAGAAACAUGCAUUCCCAUCAGGAAGAUCAGGGCGGACGGUGGCAUUUGUACCAAUGACUUUGUCAUGCAGCUGACGGCGGACCUGUUUGGCAGGAAGGUCGCUCGGCCGAUCCAACACGAAAUGUCCUGCCUGGGGGCAGCCUUCGUUGCUGGACUGGGAGUUGGCUUCUGGAAGAGUCAGGAUGAGCUGAAGAAACUACAGCGCACUGACCGAGUCUUCCUACCCCGGAAUUUGUACGGAAUGAGUGAUGGGCGCACGGAGAGCGAGUACACACCCAUUCUGCAGAGCUGGGAACAGGCGCUGAAACGCUCCAUGAACUGGUACGGCAAUCGCUAAGGCUCGUAGGACAGCGAGACGGACGUAGGCUUACAGUUGGGUGGGCGCACAGACGGGACCUCUGGUGCUGCUAACAAAAGCCUUAUGACUGCCUCUAUGAUGUCAAUAGUAUCUCAUUCUCUCUGUCAUGGGGUUGGACAGAUGGGCAAAUAAAGUUUUUUUUCUAAAUCGUAUUAUUCGAAAGUAAACACUUAUCUGACAUGACUAGAUCUGUAAGAUGUAGUAUAAUCCAAUUGUGUUAUAUUAGUGACUAUGUCAAGGAAGGAAGGUUGGAACGAAGGAGGAUGCAUUUGAAAAAUAUUGGAACUGGGUUUUAGGACCUCUAAUGCUGCUGAAACUUAUGACCUUUUGACUUGAGCCCCUGACCAUGAGCUCAAGAUUGUUUUGACCCCAUACAACCUUACCUAACUCAUUACAGCACACAAGGAAAACGUUUUUUUUGAACGUUUCACGACUCUGAACUAAACUGUCUUUCUCAUAGUUGUCUCUCCCUGUUCCAGGGUUAUCAUUGUGUCUGAUGAACACCACCCAGGUGUCUAGUCUCUCCCUGUUCCAGUGUUAUCAUUGUGUCUGAUGAACACCACCCAGGUGUCUAGUACUGGAAUAGAUCAAAUAUGUAGAAUGGCUGGAGAUGAGCUGCUAGAGGAAACUGAACCAAACCAUGUGACCUCUGGUGGUUACUAUCCAGCCAUUCUAGAACCAAUGGAUUCCCAUUGAGACCAAUACUCUGUGGAUUCCCAUUGAGACCAAUACUCUGUGUAUUCCCAUUGAGACCAAUACUCUAUGUAUUUCCAGUGAGACCAAUACUCUGUGUAUUUCCAGUGAGACCAAUACUCUGUGUAUUUCCAGUGAGACCAAUACUCUGUUUUUCCAGUGAGACAAUACUCUGUGCAUUUCCAGUGAGACCAUAAAUACACGGUUUAUGAGAUAAAAGAUUGGCUUACCUUGUGUAGGCCAUGGAAUCACAAACUAUAAGCAAAUUAUAUUCAUUCUUAUGAUCAUAAAUUGAAUGAAUCCCUUCUCAGAAAUCAGCAGUAGCUGCUCUCUACAGUGUACUAUCUCCAUUACCUGGUUGGUUACCCAGACUCCUUGCUCUGGCCAAACGCUUACGCCUCGCCGGCUGGCGUUAGUUUCUUCUCCGAGUCUGAAUCUGAGUACCUCCCCGACAAUUUCUAGAACGUAAACGCAUUUGAACUGUUCUGACCCUGAAUAAAAACCUACGUGGACCUUAAAGUGUCAGGUAGCCUAUUGGUUAGAGAGUUUGGCCAGUAACCCAAAGGUUGCUAGAUCAAAUCUAUGAGCUGACAAGGUAAACAUCUACAGUUUUAUCUCAGUCUCUUCAUUCAAAGACUCAAUCCUGGACACUCUUACUGACAGUUGUGGCUGCUUUGUGUGAUGUAUUGUUGUCUCUACCUUCUUGCCCUUUGUGCUGUUGUCUGUGACCAAUAAUGUUUGUACCAUGUUUUGUGUUGCUACCACGUUGUGUUGUUGUCAUGUUGUGUUGCUACCAUGCUGUGUUGUCAUGUGUUGCUGCCUUGCUAUGUUGUUGUCUUAGGUCUCUCUUUAUGUAGUGUUGUGUUGUCUCUCUUGUCGUGAUGUGUGUUUUGUCCUAUAUUUAUUUUUUAUAAAAAAAUAUAUUUUGAAUCCCAGCCCGUCCCCAGCCUUUUGCUUUUUGGUAGGCCGUCAUUGUAAAUAAGAAUUAGUUCUUGACUGACUUGGCUAAUUAAAUAAAUAAAUAAAUAAAAUAAAGCAACAUAGAGAGAAAUAAUAUAUAGGAAGUCAUCUUAAGGCAUUAUAAAGGCUCAUACAUACUUCUAAAAAGAUAUAAAGCAUUAUACUGAAGGUAUGAAGUAAAUUAUUACACAAUCUUGUAAUCAGUCAGUGUUGGUAGCCAGUGUCAGUUCCUCAUUCCAGUGGCCCCCCUUGUCCAGGAUAUGGGGGUGAUCACUGCUUUUCAACAGGGUUCUGGAACACCAUGGACAAUUCUAGACAUAGGAUGCCUAUACUGUACGCAGGGUUGGCUCUCAAAAGGCUUCCUCUCCUUGUCUACUCUCCUCUGUCUCUGCACUAAUAUGAGGGUCGUGUAUGGCGGUAGGCCACUGGGACACUUGUUUUCACUAAUCCAGAAGUAUUUCAGAGCAGCGUAAUGAAGGACAGGUGACAAGGAGACUAUAGGAUUUGAUAGAAUUACAUAAAUGUUUAAUAUUCUUACAGACACUGAUUAUUAUGAUUGUGGUUUACAUAAAUUGGAAGACUAACUGUUAUUGGAAAGGAAUAUUGUACAGUGUUACUUUAGCCCCGUGUUCACUUAUGAACUAAGAGAAAGUAUCUGUUGUGCAACGUCCAUGUUUCUGGCAUUUCAAUGGACUGAGUGCUUCGAACAGCCUACAUGGAGAUUGUGCUGCUUAAUUCUGGCCCUUAUGGGCCACCAUACCCAAACAUACUAUUGGAUAUUUGUGACAUUUUUACAAAUGUAUUUUGUAUUGCUAUCCAUCUCUCUACAAUUCUGUUGCCUGACUCCCUUUUUUCCCCCAGAGAACAUCAAAUGCAGGAGAUUACAUGUUAACAAAUAGGAUGCUGAUGUUUUAACACUUGAACAAGACUAUUUGAAACCCUACUCUUUAUGUAUAACUGUUGUUAAAAUAGUUGCCAAGUACUUACUUGUAAGCACGAUGCAUUUUGAUUUGUCUAUACAUCGUUAACCAUUUGUCUGUGGAUAAAAUUAAGAGAGAGUGUUGUGUAAUAAUGGUUACACGGUUAACAAUAACAAUAACAUUAAAAACUUACAUGAUCUAAA